AUGGUCAGCUCUCAGGGGAGCUACACGGCAACGGAUCUUUCACGAAGGACGGAGAAUACAAGUUACUCUAUUCCAGAAGACGGACACCCUGUCACCAUACAAACCUCCCGGAAGAAGAAGAAGGACCAUGAGGUGACUAGUGCUGUUAGUACGGUUGGGCAUGGAACAAAUGCUUCUCUUCUCAUAGAAUACUUUGAGAGUGGUAAAGCCAGUACUUCUGGUCGUCGUCCCAGUGUCCGCGUCAAACUUACUCCAGCUGCGAAGAAGCGCCAUAACUUUAAGGCGUCGCCCGAUGGUCAAGGGCUACAAAUUUCCGACGUUGGAUCAAGGCCUGGAAGCAGACAGGAUCGCCGGCCAUCGCACACUCAACGGGUAUCGCUGUCUCCACACGUCGGGGAGGAUAGGAUGAUUAUGGGUGAGCCCAAUCACAACCGUUCUCUCUCCGGUGACCAGACGUCGGUCAUUUCUUCACAAACUUCCAAUGCGGACGAUUCUAAUCUGAGUCACUACCCGCUUAAUGUCACCGUCAUUCGAGAAGCCGGCAGUCCCCGAUCCACCUACAGCUCACCCCGCGAGAUGGAGGAAACCGAAAUUGCCUUCCGUACCCGCCGGCGACCGAACAAAUCUGGCACACGGAGCCAUACCGAGGGGUAUCAGAAGGAUGUGUUGAAAUCAGCGCAGAAGGGAAGGAGUAGAAGUGUUAGUAGGGAAAUUGAUGUGGCUGGAGAAGCAGGGCUGAAGACUGCCAAAUUGGGCCGGAGAAGAAGUCGAAGCUUGAGCAAGGAAAGAUUGUCCAUGUCCAAGGAGGAGAAGCAGAUGAUUGAACAGGGUGUGAUGGAGGGCCUUGAGAAAUUGCGUCUGCCCAAACAAGGAAAACAGGGCAGCCGCGGUGGAGGCAAAGCAGACGCAGAUCUAUUGAAGGCGCCUCGCAUGCGAAGUCGUAGCAGAAGCCGGGAUCGCGAGGUUGAUGAAAUUGCUGCUGAGAAGCUCCGUCAAAAACGGAAGGCGUCUACUGACGCGGAGCGGAAGAGGUCCGCUUCGAAUGUCACUAACCCAGCACUCCUUGAACUCGUCGAGGAUGCCAUCAAACGCAUGAUCCUGCCACAACUUAACGAGCUGAAAAGCGCUCAGAACCAAGCAAAGUUUGAACAAUCUCUCUCACCGACAUCAACGCUCGAUCGACAGGGAAGUACGAAACGGCCCGAUAAGACUCGUAGCAUGCCAGAUGUGAAACCUAUGGUUGUUCUAUCCCCCGACAUUGACCAAGGGAAUGGGCAAGGUGUAGUCAUUUCUGGCGGCGGCAGGGAUGGCGAUAAUCAAGAGGUAAUCGAUCAAUUUAUUGACAAAAUCCUUGUUAUUGCGGGUGGAAACGCUGAUUUGCUUUCACAAAAGUCUGAGGCGUCGUACCCGAGGGGGCCCGGGUUUGGUGGUGUGAGUCCAUCGGUUCAUUCAGUUGAGGAUGGGGAGGGUGUAUCUCUCGUUGGAGCUGUGCCUGCUCGUGGUAAUCGCGAGAGACUGGAGAUGCCGGAUCAUCCGGACCGACUAGAUACCCCGGGGACAUAUGCGGAGACCAGGGCAUCCAUUCUCUCGGCAAAUUCUGGGCUUCCCUACCCGAAUCAGAAUGGGAUGCCGGCCUCUGGAAACACUCCCCCACCAGUUCCGAAAUCAGAGUUCCCAGUGUUUAGUGAGCUGAAUCUUCGCUCGAGGGCAUCGAGCAUUGUUUCCGAACGUACCGGCCUUGAUGACCAUCGAUCGAAUGCGAGCAAGCGGUCCCUGGCUGGCGAGAGGGGCAUAAAUGAGCCAAGCAUUGUUAGCUUUGCACCGGUUGGAGAUGAGGAAGACGGCAGGGAUGACAUUAGCUCGGUAUCGUCUGGUUCGAGACGGAGUAUUGGUUCGCCAACAACCCUAGCCCCGGGAGAUGCUGCUGUUUCGAUCUUAUCCAUGAGUUCAACACAGAGCACCAAGCUAGCUAAACAGAGGAGAAAAGGAAAAGGAAAGGGUGGCGAAAUGUCUGGAAUUAACGAGGCUGAUUACCACGAAACAUCUGGAGGGAAUCAGGUGGUCAAUGAUUAUUUUGCCCAAGUGCGGGAGAUGGCUCAAUCUAAGGCACUGCAGGAACCGAGAAUGCAUGACACUUCUAUUGAGGCUCGGCAUGUCUCCACUUUUACUGGUAACGAUUUCGAUGAUAGCCACAUGGAGAAGUUUGAUGGCCAACAAGUAUUCUCUCUUGGCGCCAACCCAUCCAUGAGAUCAACUCCAGUAGUCGCUGAUUCCGUUCAGCCGUCCGUCCUCGACGCUCCUUCCAACGUCGGCUCCAACCUCUCCCAUCGUCAAAGUCCUCUUCCUCAGUUAGCUGCGAGUGCACUACCAGAGUUUGAUGAUCCGAUGCCUGAGUAUGGGCGCAUGGCCGAGGAUGAUGAAGAGAUCAACACCAACCCCUCAAUAAUACAGGGCCCCGGACGUGAGCCCGAAGACUGGCGUUUCGACCCGCCAGCUCAGUCGGCCAAUGAGCUUCAUCUUGGCGGCGACCGUGGGAUGGGUGCAGAUGACAACUUACCCCCAUCGCUUAGAGCAGGCCAAGGCAUGUCACCAACUUCACCAGCACUUAAAGACGAGGGCUACAUCUCUGCAGCAAAUCCGGGGAUGGCCUCGCCUAGUCCUAUGACGCCUGUUCAAAACGUGGGUGAUCCGUCUAUGGGGAUGGGAGCGAUACGUGGCACCGGUUCUGAGGACGACAACUAUUCAUAUCACGGUCACGCAAGGAUGGCAAGCGGGAAUUCUCACGGAAUGCCUUCACCAUUAUAUGACAGCUCGACAGGUAGGGGUAUCGACAGAAUUCAGUCAAGGGACAUCGUCGCUUUGAUGGAUCACCUCACCGUUCGCGAUGCGCAACGAAACGCGCGAGACACCGAGAUUUUAGUCACUCUUGUCCGGAGCGCAGCGGAGAUGAGGAACUCUUUCGAAGAUAUGAAAAAGACUCUUGAAUCGCAACAACAUGCAAUCAUAGAUGGCGUCGACCAGAAUACCGAGAGAAGUGUUCAGAAGGUCCUUCAAGGGCCGCGACCACUACCCCCAUCCGCCCCUAGAGCACCUCGAUAUCCCAAGAACGACGACGAUGCUGAGGAUGAGGGCCCGGCUAAGAGACGCAAUGUUUUCCGCAGAGCGCUUAAGGGGCUCAGCAUGAGAAGCUCCAACGACUUACAAAGGAUCGAAGAGAUGCUGCAGACUCUUUUGGGAGAAGUGGAGGGAUUAAAAGGAGGCCAGAAUUUUUAUCAGCAAAGCUUGCUGCAAAGUCAGAGUAUGGGAACCUUCGACGCCAUGAAAAGUGUAACUGAGGGCCAAGAUACCAACCCAAAUUCUUCAGGUGGGAAUUCAGGAUACUGCAGCGGCGCCCCUUCCAAGCAACCCAGCAGCUCCAGAAUUUACCAAGACGAGCGACCGCAUCAACCCACCCGCAUUUCCCCGAUAGAGGAAGAUACCGCUCUUCGAACUCCACCACGCUCGAGAGGAGGCUCCAUCCCUCUCGAGACACCUCCCGAUGCCAGGGCCCCGCCAACGGCUUUCAGCAAUGAGAACACCCCGACGAAGUCCGAGAAGCACCAAAAGCGCGAAUCGAAUUCUUCCUCGCUAAAUCCUAAGAAUAAAUCUAGGUGGUCGGAGACUACCGCGUCUUCGGGAUUUAGAGCAAUGUUCGGGCGUGGUAAUCGUGGUGAAUCUAGGUCUGAUGUUGAUCUCUAUGACCCUUCCAUUCCGAAGGACAUGCAGCAGGGAUCGGCAUACUCGGAGGAGCCAGCAGAGAGAGCACACUCUCCUCAUCCUCCACCCUCAUCCAGAGAUACUGAUGCCCCGAUAAAUCACUCUAACCGCAGGUCUCUUGAAGUGCACCAUCCUCAACCUCGCAUCCCGUACAACCACCAACUGGAAGCGCAGGCACAACAGCUCUUGGCCAAUGGAGUCAUUCCUAAUUCGCCUGGCAUGAAUGCCUCUACCUCGAGUCUUGGGACCUUGCCACCUUUGGGCCCUGGUGGAUUUUCGAAUGGGAAGUUGGUGUCUCCUCUGGCUCGGGAUGCCUAUGACCAGCACCGCCAGCAGCUCCAGCAGCAGCAACAGUCACCUAAGGGACCAUCCAUCCCACCCAGGGUUAAAGAGGACCCUAUUACGCCUGCCCCCACGGGUGACGAUCCUUCCGUCACUUCUCGAUCCGAUAGAAAGAAGAAGCAUCGGGAAAGAGACGAAAAUGGAAAGAAGCCCAAGAGGACUGAGGAGGAGAAGGCGGCACGCCGGGAGAGGAAGGAGAGGAAGGCGCGUGAGAGAGAAGCAGCAGGACUUGAUUCUGUUUCAUCCACCUCCAGGAAGAAGUCGCGGGAUCAGCUGUCCCUCGAUGGUGCUACUGGGCGUCAUGGAGAUGUUGUUUCUCCACUUUCCGCCAGAUCACCUUCCAUUCAGUCCAGAUUGAAUGGACCUCGUCCUCUAUCGAGCAAUAGCAAUAAGGAGAAUACCCGAAGACAUAGACACCAGGGUUCACAGGGCACCGUUGAUACCUUUGGCAAUCCAGAAUAUGAUAACUACGGCUCCUACCGAUGAUCUUGAUGCAUAACCUUCUUGAGCGAUUGAUGUUUUUUUUUCCUACCUGGUCUCUUUGUUUUGCUUUGUUUAUUUCAUCAUGUGGGCGAAUGCUCAAUUUUUCUCUAACGAUAUCCUCUCCCUCGCCCCUUCUCUUGUUCACGGGGUGCAAGCACUUUUUCUCUUCCCUCUUUUUUUCACUCAAAGUUUCGUGAUCUUUACAAAGCGAAAACAAAGUUUUCACCAUUAGUCGUAGUUACCCGCUAUUGCCAUUUAUACCACUAGCUUUUUUCCUUUUUUUUUCCCCUACCCUCUUUCGUCUUUCCUUCUGUUCUUUCCCCUUUGCAAAAACUAGCGAGGCACGCCUUGUCUUAUUUGUCUGUUCGAUUUGGAGUGACUGACCGGGCGAAAAAACAAUUGGAAAAAAGUCAUCGAUUUAUCAUAAUGCACUUUUCCCUUCCUUCCUUCCUACUUUCCUUCUCUCUUUUUUUCUCUGCCAACCAAAAAGAAAAUCGAAGAAAGUCCAAAAAACUGGAGUUUGGGUCUUUUGUUCUUUUUCUUUUUUCUUUUUUCUCGCUUCAUAGUGUCAUUGUUAUACUUCUCCAUGGGGUUGAAAAGUAAAGGAAAAACAAUUGAGAACGAGACCUCGGUAUGAGAAAAAGUUUGUAGUUGAUUGUAUUUUUUUCUUCUACCCUUUCUCUCCCUCUGGUUAGUGAAAAGUUAGAUGGGUGAUUCGUGAGGUGGGCGGAGAUGGACGCAUGCAUGCAUGUACUCGUACUCUAUGUAUGUAAUGUCAUUAAUUUUGGGAUGAUUGAAUGAUAAUAUGGUACGAACGCCCUUAUGAACCA